AUGGACAACUUUGCUUUGAAACGAUCACGGUCCAUGGGAUUCGACGACUCCCAUCGACCGGCUGAAAUGAUAAAGGAGCGAGAAGAAGAAGAGGCCAGGCUGGCGCUGGAACGAGCCUCUCUCAACAACACCAACAACACUGCCCCGACUACCCAAAGUAACGACCAGGCUUCGUCGAUAAGCUCUGCAGAAGACGAUACAGACACCCACGAAAUCAGCUCUGUGUCGUCGCCUGAGCUGGAGGCCACAGACCCAUCUAAAUCCGCUGUGACCACCUCCGCAGAGCCUCCAGCGGCCCCGGUUCACGAUGACUCGGACGUGCACUACGAGCCGUCGCGACACGUGGACUAUCUGUCCCAUGACUGGAAGGAGUCGGACAUUUCGUCGUCGUGGCGCUAUAUUGUGCUGCGUCGAAAGGAGGUGGCCAACUCGGCCCGGCUGGAAAAUGCGUCGUGGCGAACCUGGGCCAAGGCCAAAUACAACCUGAAGACUGUGUCGCCCGAGAGUGUUAACUGGCUCAAGGACUACGACGUCACAUGGCUGUACGGGCCCCUUUGCCGGACCUCUUCGCAGGCCAACAUUUCCGGCGUUGGAGGAGCUGCUGCUGGAGAUGCGACCCCGACCGCCUCUUCCGACAAGGAGGAGCAGGGAGCUACUGCGGGAGACACAAAGUCGAUUCUCAAGAAACGAAGCGCAACAGAGAUGAUUCUGGCACUUCCACCAAUGCGUCGGUCCAAGGACGACUCCGCGGUGACCCCCGCUGCAAUUGCGGCUGCUGGAGACGACAAAGACAAGGUGGUCAAGUCGUAUUUCCGCCACCAUCAGUACCGACAGAAGAACCCUUAUGGCAUGACUGAUGAGGAGGUCGACACUCUGGCCGACAAGCUCAACGCCCAAUACAAGCUGCCUCCCAAAAGCAAGUCCGCUGGAGAGGGUGAAGAUGGUACCACUACACCCUCUUCGGUGACCCCCUCGGCCACACCUUCUAGAGACGAGUUGGUGGCGCCUCCUCCCACUGCUAACAAGGAUAAUGUCUUGGAAGAAGACGAGGCUGCCACGCCUAUUGCUACAGUGGCCCCUCCCCCCACGAAGCCCAAGCGUCGCAUCCACUUCAACUCGGAGGUCCAGCAAUGCAUUUCUCUGGACUACGUAUCAUCUGACGAGGAAGACCAGUACGACUCGGAUUCGGAUUCUGACGAUUCCGACUCGGACGAGCUCGACGAGGAGGACGACGAACCUGGUCUGUUUCUCAUGGUGCGAUCUUCGUCCUCGGCAUCUAUGCAUCGACCCGAGUUGUCCGGUAUGGCCCGGAACGAGCAGCCUGGUUCCGGUGGAAGAAGAGGCUCUAAUGAAGACCUUUCAGACGACUCUGAUAACGACGUUGAGACGGACCCUCUCAAGGCAGUGCGAACAAUUGCACCCAUUCCUCCCACCUCGUUGAAGUAUGCAUAUGACGAGGAUCCCAUGGAUGCUGAGUGUAAUGCCAUUGCAACCGUGCACUCCGCUGUGUCGCACAACAAUUCGCGACGACGAGACUACGCACACUACGAUUACAACUCAGUGUACCAAGCCCCAGUCAACAAGCAUCAAGCCAAUGAAAGCAUCAUCCCCAAGGCCCCAUAUAUGGAGUCGCCUUCCAACUCGCUGACUCCUAGCCCCACAGGUUCUCCCGAGGGCUCUCCCAAACCAAAGUACAUGGACAUCUUGGAGCAGGUGCGACAGGCCCAGGCUGCUUUGGCAGCCCAACCCAUAGAGGUUCGAACCCAGGAGACUGACAAGAACAUUGUGGGUACUGUUUCUGAGGUGGCAACGUUGGACGGACUGAUUUCCGACUCGGAUGAUCACCAUGAUCAUGAUGAGCUCGCUGCUCUUCAUGACCAUUAUUCUGAUGACGACAGCAAACCAACUGAGCUUGCUUCUGAAGCCUCUGAGCCUGCUGAGUCUUCCGAAACUUUCUCCAAGGGCGUGAGCUCUCCGAAACGGUCCAUUGCCACCACGGCAACCCCAACCACCAGUACGUCGACUGAAAAUGUGUCUGGGCUGAUUGACGAGAAGGAAGACCGACCAAAGGCGUUCCGAAGCCCUAGUACAGACUCCACAUCAAGCACGGGGUCGGGGUCCAGUGAGAAACGGUUGAUUGACAAGGCCAAGGAUAUGGCCAGUAAUCUGUGGGGCUGGGGAUCUGCCAGCAGUGGCAACUAG